AUGAUACAAAAUAACAAUAAAUUUGCACCCUACAAGAUUAUUCUUUUUGUAUGGGGGUAUUAUUUCCAUUUAUUCAAUGAGUUGAGAAUGAACUCACAAAGCACUACAUCACGAAACAACGAAUUUCGUGAACAAAUCUUUGAUUACUCAAAAUAUCUGUCAACAGAAGACGAAAACUCCAGUUGGAAGCGUUCAACUAGUGAUGCAAGCUUUUUCCUCGGUGGAAAAUUGCCAACUGAUGAAACUGACACAUCGGGAAAUGUUUCAGAGCAUUCAAGAGUUUAUUGGGAUCUACCAGAAGCUGUGGAAGCCUCAACUCCUGGUUGCGGAACAGACAGGUCACUUCGCAAUUAUGAAGUACGGAAGUCCGAAAAACUGUCAAUUGGUUCGGCCACAUCAAGAGUUCAAGUUCAUCGCGUGCAUUUUCAAGAGCAUAGUAUAUCACCAGGAGUUCCUGCUGUACGUAAAGAUGGUGCAAAUCGUUCACAGUCUACACCAAUUUCUCCCUUUCAAAAUGCUGAAAACUCACACUUACUACAACAGUAUCAAGAGAAACAACAACAAAAAGACUAUAGCAUUGAUUCAACUCAUCAUGUCUCUGUUGAACAUCAUCAUCGGCAUCAUUCAACAUCUGGUAAAAAUCAGUCAAUAUCAUCAACUUCUAAAUUCAUUAUGAAAUCAACUGACCAUCAGUCUGAUCUUAUUAAUCAUGAUACAUUAAUUCUUGGUAAUAAAGCUGUAAAAAAAGAGUGUAUCAAGGAAUCAAUAUCAUCGUCAUCUUCAUCAAGUAUUCUAAGUAAUAUGUAUGAUCCAUGUGUGAAUAAUAAUUUUAAUGAGAAUGAUGGUAAUACUAAUGCAAAUAAUAAUUUUCACGUAAUUGAACAGGAAAUGAUAUCAGAAAUGGAGAAAUUACGAUUGAUUUCUCUGUCACCGUCAUUACUGACAACAACACAGUUAUUUGAUAAUUUAGAUGAUACAAUAACAACACCAAUGGAAGAAGAUGCUACACUGUCUAACCAAGGAGUAGUUAAAGGUGAAGUUAAAAAGCUGAUAGAUAUGAACCGAUUGAAGGAAGAGUAUAAGACUAUUGCAAAUUGUGAAUAUUUGUUAACUAAAGCGCGUCAAGCAUGUGAUAAUCCAUCUGAUCUGAGUAUUUUAACUACUGAUCUCAUAAAACAUGAUGGUCUUCUGGAAACGCUUGCAUCAAGAUUAAUCAAACGAAUUCCAUCUACUACAGAAGUACACAUUAUUGAUUCAUCUCAAGAUACACAUGCUCCGUAUUCACUGAAUGAUAAUCUGGAUACAAGCGAACAAUUAACAGAAUCUGAAGACAAUUUGGAUAGAAAAUCUUUGAAAUUAUUUUCUGGUAAAACAGACCUGGAUUCUCUAAAAUUAAAUCAGUAUAACGAGGCUAACAAACGCGUCGUUAUUGGUUCAGCCCGACUGUUAAGCCAGAUCCUAUCAGAAAAUCACUUACUUAGUGUAUUAGAUGAAAAAUUAACAUCUCAAAAAUACCCAUCUGAUUUUCCACAUAAAAACGUAUUUGACCACGUAGACAAAACUGUUAUUAACAGACAAGGAUACACACCGUAUAGAACCUCACCGUCCUAUGACAAUGACUAUGAAAAGUCAGCUAGUACAACUCCUACUAAUACAACUGCAACAGCAGCAGCAACAACAACAAAUAUAUCACCACCUCCAUCAUCAAAAUUAUCACUAUCAAAUACAAUUCCACCAUAUGAUGAUGAUGAUCCAUUACAAUCCUGUGGACAUGUGACUGAACUGCUAAAAAAUGUUAUCGGCAAAUGUUGGGAAUAUCGUGAAGACGUAGAUAUUUACCGCGAAUAUUUAGGAAUUUUAGAACCUCUAUUGAAGCAUACAGAAACAAUGUGUAACACUGUGGUCGAACAUGGUGGUCUACGUAGCUUAGUGUAUGCUUGUCGUUCAAAUGAUCUUCCAUCAUUACGUCAUACAGCUGUUUGCCUAAUGAAUUUAGCAUUGUUCGGUGGAAGUGGAAGUCAUAGUGAAAUGAUGCGUCAACAUGCAAUCGAGUGGUUAUUUUGUUUAGCUUUUCAUCAGGAUGAAGUAAUUAAGUAUUUUGCUUGUUUAACUAGUGCUGUAUUGUCUACAAAUCCUGAAUUAACCGCGGCUGUAAAUGCCUCUGGUACACUAAACCUUGUGGUCCCCUUCGUACGCUCACAUUCACCAGUUGAAUUUGCUCGUAAAUAUUUAUUUGCUGCUUUCAAGUGUUCUUGUAAGGAUAGCCAACCCAAUACUCCUGAAGCGCAUACACCUUCAUCAAGCAAUAAACCAGAUACUUUAAAAUUUUGUUGUGAACAUCAGUAUACAGGUGGAUCAACUGAUUGGUUAAAUCGUCUAGCUCCAGUUAUGUUCAGCAAACAAUUUGAACCCCGUGUUUUAGUCACCUUUCAUUUUGCUGUUGAGGCUACAUUGAAAUCCGACUUGAAGUGCAGUGAGGUUCUUUAUGAAGCAAAUAUUAUCGAAAAGUUACGCAGUGUUGUGUGUAGUUCGACCUUUAUGGAAUCAAAAUUUGCUGCAAUGGCUCUGCAUAUUCUCGGUGAAGAUAUUCCCUGUAUGCUCCCAGCUCAAGUACCACUUUGGGACUAUGAUGAAGUUGAAUGCUGGUUGUCUCGGAGAGGAUUUGAAGAAUUAGCCAACAAGUUUUCUGGCCUACGUGUUGAUGGUGAUUUAUUACUGAGAUUAGAUGAAUCUAUAUUGGAGAAAGAUUUAGGAGUUAAAAAUGGAAUUACACGAUCUCGAUUACUACGUGAAUUGUGUUCGUUAAAAAUAAAUGCAGACUACUCAGCUGUUGAUCCAACUGGAAUUUGUGCUUGGUUACGUGAAGCUACUCGUAUCAGUGCAUUGAAUGGUACAGCUACGCCAAGAAAUUCAGCUACAUGUGACUAUAAUUUAAAUGACAAUAACUUCCAAAACAAGCUUUCGUGUAUCAGUACAUCGAAUACUGCCGCACAAUAUUCCUAUACACAUGAUUUAUCCUGCUUAAAUCAAUCCUUUGAUCUUCUUCAAUAUGCAUAUAACUUAAUUGCUGCCGGUGUACAUCGUCCUUUUCUUCCGUAUUUGUCAGAUAAAAUGCUUUUAGAAGAUUGUCAUAUAACGAAUGGUAUACAUCGUAAACGUAUCCUAGAUGCUAUACAGUCUUUCAUAUCAAUGCACAAUCAGUCACGUCUUACAGAUCAUGAUUCUAAGUUGAGUAACCUUACACAUCCCAACAAGUAUAUCGAUGUAUUCAUUUCUUAUCGUCGUUCUAAUGGUUCUCAAUUAGCAAGUCUAUUAAAAGUUCAUUUCCAAUUGCGUGGUUAUCGAGUAUUUUUAGAUAUUGAUCGGCUUACUGCUGGUAAAUUUCAUGAAUCACUGCUUAACUCUAUUCGAUCAUCAUAUAACUUUAUUCUUGUUUUAACACCAAGAGCAUUAGACCGAUGCCUAGAUGAUACUCAUUGUACGGAUUGGAUACAUAAAGAAGUUGUCUGUGCACUGAAAAGUGAGUGUAAUAUCAUACCAAUUACGGAUAAUUUCAUUUGGCCUUCUGCUGAAACCUUACCUGAAGACUUACGACCUAUAAUAACCUACAAUGCUGUCAACUGGAUUCAUGACUACCAGGAUGCAUGUAUUGACAAAGUUGAAAAAUUUAUGAUUAAAGCAAAUGUUAUAACUCCACUGCCUUCCAGUCAAAUGAAACCAUUUGAAAAAUAA